UCCCCGAAGCGCCCGCACGCAAAGACAAAGUCCAGCUGAGAAAAGCGUUGAGAGACACUAGCUAGGAAAAUAUUGAGCAAAAAAGUGCGACCAAGUUCGAAGAUUGUGUGCCAGCGCCAGCGAGCCAGUCAGCAGUCAAAUUGAGUUCCGUUCGAGUGGCAAACAAACCUGAGUAACCGCGCCGCCAUGAGCUUCACCCGCCAACUGUCCGAGAUGAGUGCCAGCGAGCUGAACGAUGCCAUCGACGACACCAACUUCCCGCAGGCCCACAUCCUAUCGCGCGGUCGCAACAACAGCGUCUGCUCAACAAGUAGCACCUCGGGCACCUCUUCGCUGGCGGACAGGCCGCAGCCCCAGACGGAGCAGUCCACUGCCAUUGCGGGCACGCCCGUCGAGGAGGAGGCUCCAGCUUCUGCUCUCGUCCCGGUGGCCGGCAAUCAGAGACCUCGCCUCAUCCUGAAGACGAACGGCAGCAGUCCGGAUAGCGAUGGUACACAACCGAAAACACCAAUGACACCGCGUACAUCGACAACGCCAGGUAGUGGCCACGAGAAGUGCACGUUCCACCACGACCUGGAGCUGGACCACAAGCCACCAACGCGAGAGGCCCUCCUUCCGGACAUGGCUCGCUCGUACCGCCUCCUUUUGGGCGGCCUGGGCGAGAAUCCCGAUCGCCAGGGACUGAUCAAGACACCGGAGCGGGCGGCCAAGGCCAUGCUGUACUUCACCAAGGGCUAUGACCAGAGUCUCGAGGAUGUUCUUAAUGGCGCCGUGUUCGACGAGGAUCAUGACGAAAUGGUCGUGGUCAAGGACAUUGAAAUGUUCUCCAUGUGCGAGCAUCAUUUGGUGCCUUUCUACGGCAAGGUGUCAAUCGGUUACUUGCCGUGCAACAAGAUUCUCGGACUCAGCAAAUUGGCACGCAUUGUGGAAAUUUUUGCGCGUCGCCUGCAAGUACAGGAGCGUUUGACUAAGCAGAUCGCAGUGGCCGUGACACAGGCUGUGCAACCUGCUGGAGUAGCAGUUGUCGUAGAGGGAGUCCACAUGUGCAUGGUGAUGCGAGGCGUGCAGAAAAUCAACAGCAAAACUGUUACCUCAACUAUGCUGGGCGUGUUCCGAGACGAUCCCAAGACCCGUGAGGAGUUCCUGAACUUAGUCAAUAGCAAAUAGAGUGGACACUAGAGGACGAUACUGAAAUCCGAGACCAACUAAAACCCCUACAAUAUUUUUGGAGGCGCUUAUAUACAAACAAACAAAAAUGAAACGAAACGAAACACAGGGUCCAUUAGUUUAUGUUUUUUAGGAUUGAUUUCAUUUAAUUAGUGCAAUGAUUGCAGCCAUUUUCCUUGUUGAUUUGUGUAAAAAUUGUUGAAAACUUUUGUUAGCAAAAAACGUUUUUUAGAUAGACGAAUGUAAUGAAAAGCGAGAUUCAAAGAGAUCGAGAUUUGAAUUCUGGUGUUGGGUAAUUUUAUGUUCAAUUUUAAUGCAGUUUUAUGGCACUUGAACGAUCAUUUUUACAACGUAUACAUACGAGUAAUGCAUUGUGCAAUAAGGGAACAACUGAUAAUAAAUCAUGGCAAAUUGUUUAGGGAAUUUACAAUUUAUAAACAGUUCACAUAAAAUUAAUCAAAUCUAUAGUUAUGUAUGUUAACCUAUAUAAAAAGUUACAUUCAUGAUGUUCUUUGAAAGGGACCAAAGUAUAUUGGAUGAUUUUAAAUGUUAAAAUUAUAUGCUCAUUAUGUAUAUGACGUUGCUUGUAGUGAGUCAAAGCUGCUUAUUAAUUAUACAAUAAAUUAUCUAUUUAAACACCGUUAAA